UCUUUCUCAGCAGAGGUCACGGUAUUCUUUCUUUCACUUGUCUCUGCGUCUGCGCUGUCACCUGUCACUUCCAUACUGUUUGUGGUUAUUGGAAAAUCGAAUUGUUAAUAAUAAAUUUAAUAAUAGUGUGUGGAGAAAAAGUAAACCUCCAAAAUGAGUAGAUUUUUUGCUGGUUCGGAUUCUGACUCCGAUAGUUCUUCCGAGGAGGAGCAGAUUCAAAGGGCACCAGCUCAGGUUUUCACUUUUAGCGAUGACGAAGAAGAAGUUAAAAGAGUUGUUAGGUCAGCUAAGGAGAAGCGAUAUGAAGAACUCACGAAUAUCAUCAAACAGAUUAGGAAUUUUAAGAAAAUCAAGGAUAUGAGUAGUAUGCUCAACAGUUUUGAGGAUUUGCAAAAAGCUUAUACGAAAGCUUUGCCAGUUAUCCAAAAAGAGGAAAAUGGUCUAACCCCUAGGUUUUUUGUGAGAUGUCUUGUAGAAAUGGAAGAUUUCAUAAAUGAAAUGUGGGAAGACAGGGAUGGUAGGAAGAAUAUGAACAAGAAUAACAGUAAAUCGCUAGCAUCUAUGAGACAGAAGUUGAGGAAGUAUAUUAAAGAUUUCGAGACAGAAAUAUGCAAGUUCAGAGAAAAUCCAGAUCAGCCUGAUGAUGAAGAAGAAGAAGAUAAAGUCGUAGAGGAAGCAGAUUCUGACAGCGAUGUUCCUGUGAAACCUACUGUAAAGGCCUCCUCCAAACCAGCAGUCGCCAAGGACGACUUUUCCGAUGACGAUGAUUGGCCUUCAGAUUCCGAAUCGAGCACUGAUUCGUCUGAUGAUGAUGAAGGCAAGUACACAACUUAUCGUGAUAGGUUUUUGAAGAAGACUGGACCUGCCGCUGAAGAAGACGAGGAGAAAGAGAAGGAGAGGGAAAAGAGGAGAAAGGAACGCAAAGAGAAAGAAAAGAGGAAAUUCAAGAAGGAAGAGGAGGAAGACGAUGAGGGAGAAUGGGAGACGGUCAAGGGCGGUAUCGCCAUGCCAAGCGAAAAACCGAAAAUGUUCGCCAAGGACGCUGAAAUCGACCUCAAUCUAGUCGUCAAGAAAUUGAGCGAGAUAAUGGCCGCCAGGGGUAAAAAACGUACCGAUCGUAAGGAGCAGAUCGAGCUGUUGCACGAGCUCCAGAACAUUGCCGAGCAGCACAAUUUCGGCCCGGGAAUCGUGGUGAAGAUCAAACUGGCAAUAAUCUCCGCCUUCUUCGACUACAACCCCAAGGUCUCCGACGCCAUGAAACCCGAGUACUGGACCAAGCUCUUGGACAGGGUCAGCGAGACCUUGGACGUGCUCUUGGCCAACUCCAACCUCACUGUUUCCGAGUCUGUGACCGAGGAGACCGAGAGCCUCGAUGAGGCACCCUAUAAGAUCCAAGGAUGCGUCUUGACUUUAGUAGAAAGGCUGGACGAUGAGUUCACUAAGCUGUUGAAAGAGUGUGAUCCUCACAGCAACGAGUACGUGGACAGGCUGAAGGACGAGGUGAAGGUAUCUUCCAUCAUCGACAAGACCAUGCAGUACUUGGAGAGGUUCAAGGUAUCCUCGGAAAUAUGCAGGAUUUACCUGAGGAAGAUUGAGCAUCUUUAUUACAAGUUUGAUCCGAACAACUUGAAACAGAAAAACAGCAAAGAAGCCAAAGGUUCUUCGGUGGAGGAGAUGGAUAAAUUGUGCAAGUACAUCUACUCUCACGAUUCUACCGAUCGUCUACGUACCCGAGCCAUACUCUCUCACAUCUACCACCACGCCCUUCACGAUAACUGGUUCCAGGCCAGGGAUCUCAUCCUCAUGUCGCACCUCCAAGAGACCAUCCAGCACUCCGAUCCCAGCACCCAGAUCCUGUACAACAGGACCAUAGCCCAUUUGGGGCUCUGCGCGUUCAGGCACGCCAACAUCAAAGAUUCCCACAGCUGCCUCGUGGAUCUCAUGAUGACCGGUAAACCGAAGGAACUCCUGGCCCAAGGGCUCCUCCCGCAGAGGCAACACGAACGCAGCAAGGAGCAGGAGAAGAUCGAGAAGCAGCGGCAGAUUCCGUUCCACAUGCACAUCAACCUCGAGCUGUUGGAGUGCGUCUACCUGGUUUCCGCCAUGCUGAUCGAGAUACCCUACAUGGCUGCGCACGAGUUUGACGCUCGGCGGAGGAUGAUCUCCAAGACGUUCUACCAGCAGUUGCGGAGUUCCGAGAGACAGAACCUGGUUGGACCGCCGGAGAGCAUGAGGGAACACGUGGUUGCAGCCGCGAAGGCCAUGAGGAAGGGCAAUUGGAAGGCGUGCAACGACUUCAUCAUAAACGAGAAGAUGAACGCCAAAGUUUGGGACCUGUUCUAUCAGGCGGACACCGUCAGGGCCAUGCUCACCAAGCUGAUCAAGGAGGAAUCGUUGAGGACCUACCUGUUCACCUACUCCAACGUCUACGACUCCAUCUCCAUGUCCACCCUGGCCCAGAUGUUCGAGCUGGAGAAGAGCGUGGUGCAUUCCAUCAUCUCCAAGAUGAUCAUCAACGAGGAACUGAUGGCGUCUCUGGACGACCCCACGCAGACCGUGGUGAUGCACAGGAGCGAACCAUCCAGGUUGCAAUCGCUGGCGCUGCAACUCGCGGACAAGAUCAACAACUUUGUGGAUUCCAACGAGCGGAUAUUGGAGACCAAGCAGGGCAACUUCUUCUUGAGGGGAGUGAACCAGGGCAACUUCAGAGGGGACAGGCAGAACUUCAGGAGGGAAGGGAACCAGGAGUGGAACAAACAGAGGAGGGAUCACAGGAAGGAAUACUAGGAACUCUUGAAUUUCGCGUGUUUCUGUAUUAUUGUCCGUUUAUUGAAUAAAUCUUCCUUUGUAUAAGA